AUGGCUUCUGGCGGUCCUCCUCCUGCCUUUGGCUUUCGACCGCCUCCGCCACCCAAUGGCGGUGGUCCAUUCCGUCCUCCACCACCACCUGGGCGGACAUCAUCGUAUGAUUCUGAAGGAGAGGAAGGUGGCGCAUUGACUUCUACCAUUAAUUUGGUCACAUCGGCGGCGAACAUGUUGUUUAAACCUCCUCCACCUCCUUCCAGUGGUAAUGCUCCGCCACCGCCACAAUCGAUGCCACCACCAAGGCAGCCCCCAGCUCCUAUUGAAGCGACAAACUCCAUGUUGGAUACACCAGCCGCUGCGUUUCAGGCUCCUCCUCCUGAACUAGACCUGAGGACGACUCCACGGAGUCAGAGUAACACGCCUCAAAGAAUGACGACCAUCAGUGGAGUUCCGCAAGCUGCUAUCCCAACCAUGCCCUCCUUGUCAGCAACGCCAACGCAGUUUCCUCCACCGAGAUCCACGGCCGAAGGGUUGUUUGGGUCCAGUACUGAGCCUACUUCCACCAUGAUGCCACAACCAGGAGCGUCACCAAUGGCAGCAGCCAUGGCAGCAGCGAGUACUAGUAGUCCACAAAAUGUGUUUCAGGCACCACCACCACCUGGCAAUGCAGCGAGUGGGUUUCAAGGGCCAUCACCCAUCAUGCCACAACCAGGAGCGUCACCGAUGGCAGCAGCCAUGGCAGCAGUGAGUACUAGUAGUCCACAAAAUGUGUUUCAGGCACCACCACCACCUGGCAAUGCAGCUAGCGGGUUUCAAGGGCCACCACCCAUCAUGCCACAACCAGGAGCGUCACCGAUGGCAGCAGCCAUGGCAGCAGCGAGUAGUACUACUACCACACCACCCUCAAGCUUUCAACCGCCAUCGUCGCCGGCAAACAAUAAUAAUACACAACAAAAAGUACGGGGAGUCAUCAAUGCGGUUGCGGUUGCCAACAAAUUCAUGAAGAUGAGCCCCAAGAGGAACCAAACAGCUUCACCAGUACCCCCCGCUUCUGCUGGAGGAUUUCAGCCACCACCAUCCUCGGAUGCUCCCACAUUGCGUGGAACCAUUGGCGCUGUGGCAGUAGCCAACAAGUUUAUGAGCAUGGCAAACAACAACAAGUCUAAAACGAAAGAACAAGAACCACCAGCAUCUCCAAAGCCAACGAGUCCAAGCCCAUUGCGGGGUGUAGUCAAUGCCGUGGCAGUGGCCAAUAAGUUUAUGAAAAUGAAGAAGUCAGCGGAUGAUGAACCACCAGAAGGAAGAGACAAUGGGCAACAAUUUCAGGACAAACAGCAGGCAUCACCAGCGCAACAGCUUCGAGGAGCGGUCAAUGCAGUCAAGUUGACAAACACGUUGAAGGGUGGUUCAGAAAGUAGUACUCAAGACAAACAGCAGCCAUCACCAGCCCAACAGCUUCGAGGAGCGGUAAAUGCUGUCAAGUUAACAAAUACGUUGAAGGGUGGUUCAGAGGAGCCAGCGUCACCAGCGCAACAGCUUCGAGGAGCAGUCGAUGCUGUCAAGUUGACAAACACAUUGAAGGGCCCAAAGGAGCCAUCAUCACCAGCACAACAACUUCGAGGAGCAGUCAAUGCUGUCAAGUUGACAAACACAUUGAAGGGCCCAAAGGAGCCCGCAUCACCAGCACAACAACUUCGAGGAGCAGUCAAUGCUGUCAAGUUGACAAACACAUUGAAGGGCCCAAAGGAGCCAGCAUCACCAGCACAACAGCUUCGAGGAGCAGUCAAUGCAGUCAAGUUGUCAAACACAUUGAAGGGCCCAGAGGAGCCAGCAUCACCAGCACAGCAACUUCGAGGGGCAGUGACAACCGUCACGGCUUCCAACAGUUUGGGGGCUUCCUCUCCAAAAAGGCCACCAAUUCAAAAGUUUACACCACCACCAUCGCCGCGAGUACACCAGGUGUCAACGAGGAGCCCAAAGACGCCAUUGAUCGCCAAUACAUUGCCACCAAGCAGCAGCAGCAGUCAGACGACGACGCCCAUUCGAAAGUUGAAUUUACCUACUCCCUCUCCACGUGCCCGCACGUUGGUUGCUGGUAUUACAACCACGCCGCAUCGUCAACUCCGACUUCCUCCAAAGUCUAGUAGUACCACCUCUACCAGCAAGAAUACUACACCGAGAUCCAAAUUUCGAUUGCCGCCGCCUCGUACAAAGUCGACGACACCUGAGCCAGUGGUUAAUCUCAAACCAAAGGUGGACGAAGCACCAUCGAUGCCAGAAACAUCAGCAGCAAGCACUAGUAGCACUACUGCUGCUCCAGGCGGUGAAACAAUAGCGACGCAAGCAGAGAAUAGUACUUCAGCGGAAUCCAAGUCCACCGAACAGUCUGCUGCAGCCGUCGAGGAAGCCCCAACACCAGCUUCUGCUUUUAUGGAACCACCCAAACCAGCGGAGGAUGCGUUGCCCGAAGGAUGGGUCGCAACGAAGGACCCAACACUGGGAAAAAUCUAUUACUACAAUACUGAGACUCAAGAAACCUCGUGGGAAAAACCGUUUCCGCAAGCGCCAUCGACAGAUAACACGAUUGAAGUCUUGUCCCAAUUGAACAAAACGUCUACGGAGGCGACUGCUAUUUCGUCUGCGGCACCAGUGGAAGAGGAAGAACCGCAAACACACGAUGCUACUGAGUGGUCCGAAGUCACGGAUCCUGCUAGUGGAGAGGUAUAUUACUACAACGUAGUGACUCAGGAAACCUCGUGGGAUCGUCCAGCAGCCAUGGACCAACCACCUGUCAAGGAAAGUGAGACAGUGUCCGCGGCAGACUCCAAGGAGGAAAUGCUGGCAGAAGAGUCCGUUGAGGAGACAGUUGCAGCGUCUUUGCCACAAGCACCAGCGACCGAUAAUACGAUCGAAGUCUUGUCCCAAUUGAACAAGAAAUCUGCUGCAGCAACUGCUAUUUCGACUGCACCAUCUGUGGAAGAGGAAGAAACGGAGGCAAAAUAUGAGUGGUCCGCAGUCACAGAUCCUGUCAGUGGAGAGGUGUAUUAUUAUAACGUGGUGACACAGGAAACCUCUUGGGAUCGUCCAGCAGCCAUGGACCAACCUGCGAAGGAAAGUGAAGCAGUUUUACCCGCAUCAGAUUCUAAGGAAGAGAUCUCAGCAGACGAGUCCAUUGAGAAUACAUUUGCAGAAUUGAAUGCCGAGUUUGGUUACGUGGAUCCUUCGGAAACCGCAGACGAAAAGGAGGAAGAACCCACGCCCGCUGGUUCAGUAACAGAAGAGAAAGAUGCACUUCCAGACGGCUGGACCGAAGUGGUUGAUCCAUCGAGUGGUGAAACCUACUAUUACAAUCCCGCCACACAGGAAACAUCCUGGGAAAUGCCAGCAGAGGAACCGAAAGCGACCAAGGUAACCGAGGCUCCAUCCACGGAUACGACGAUGGAAGUCCUGUCGUCAAUGUCGCAGCAACCCGAAGAAUUGGCAGUACCAGCACUGGGCGAAUCACCAGAGGACGAUGGCGAUUUGCCAGACGGCUGGGAAGAGGUUGUUGAUCCAAAUAGUGGAGAUGUUUACUAUUUCAAUUCUGGUUCUAACGAAACAUCGUGGGAGCGCCCAGGUGCCGAGCCAGCAAACGAAAAAAGUGGCGAAGUGGAAGUGGUAGCAUCAGAGGAGAUGAAGUCAUCAGCCCCAGCGGUGGAAGAAGCAGCAGAAGAGACUGCUGGCUUAGCUACAGAGUGGGAAGAAGUUAUUGAUCCAAAUAGUGGUGAUAUCUAUUAUUUCAAUUCUGUAACCAACGAAACGUCGUGGGAGCGUCCAAGCGUAGAACAAAUGAAUGGAGACAGUGUCGAGUUGGAACCAACGGCAUCAGAAGAUGUCCAGCUGGAAGAGCCAUCAGAGCUGGGUGUUGAUCCCUUGGUUGUCGCAAGUGAAUCAGAGGACGCAGAAGCUGAUACUGAAUCGAGUGAUCUUCCUGAGAACUGGACCGAGGCUGUAGAUGAGUCUUCCGGUCAGACGUAUUUCUACAAUUCUCUGACAGAGGAGACAUCCUGGGAAAGACCAACGAACGACGAAGCCGUGCUUGAAGAGCAGGAAGAGAUACACGAGGACGACCCAGAUAAAAAUGUCGUUUCAGAUUUCAAAACUGGUGCAGGGUUGAAUACUGCUGUUGAAGACUCAGUUUUUCCUGCUGAUUGGAUCGAAGCAGUGGACGAAUCUAGUGGACAGACUUACUACUACAACACUGCAACUCAAGAGACUUCUUGGGAGAAACCACUGAUUACCUCAGAUUUACGAGACGAGGUUGCAGCCGAUGCGACCGACGACCGUAGCGAAACCGAAGAUAAACAAGAGGACGCAGCUGUGAAUGAGACCACACCAGAGACUGAUGACGGUCUUCCAUCAGAUUGGAUUGAGACGGAGGAUGGAAAUGGUCAAGUGUACUAUUACAACACCGUCACCAACGAAACUUCUUGGGAAAGACCGCGGAAUGAAAGAGAUGAAGAUAGAGGUGUUGACGAGGUCGAGCAAGAGGGAGAUAAAGCCGAGGCUGAUGGUGUCGAUAUUGACGAGGGCGAUAAUGUUAUGGAUGAGGAUCCAGCAGACGAUCAAGAUGAACUUCCAAGCGAUUGGGUUGAAGCAGUCGAUGAGUCGACUGGACAGACGUACUACUACAACACAGUGACUCAAGAAACAGCUUGGGAGAGGCCUCCAAUGGCCUCAGAUGGACAAGAAAAAGAUGCUGGUGACGCAGAUGAAGCAGAAUAUUCUACUGCUGAAGAUGACCAAACUGAUGGUGUUGUGGAUGACAGUACGCCAACCACCGAAGAUGAGAUGCCUGCUGAUUGGAUCGAAGCAGUGGACGAAUCUAGUGGACAGACUUACUACUACAACACUGCGACUCAAGAGACUUCUUGGGAGAAACCACUGACUACCUCAGAUGCACGAGACGAGGUUGCAGCCGAUGCGACCGACGACCGUAGCGAAACCGAAGAAAAUCAAGAGGACGCAGCUGUGAAUGAGACCACACCAGAGACUGAUGAAGGUCUUCCAUCAGAUUGGAUUGAGACGGAGGAUGGAAAUGGUCAAGUGUACUAUUACAACACCGUCACCAACGAAACUUCUUGGGAAAGACCGCGGAAUGAAAGAGAUGAAGAUAGAGGUGUCGACGAGGUCGAGCAAGAGGGAGAUCAAACUGAGGCAGAUGCUAGUGAUGAUGACGAGGGCGGCAAUGUCACGGGUGAUUACCAUGACCAAAAAGGCGAUGAUGCUGAUACAGAUGAAGCCGAAGAUCAUUCUGCUGCUGAAGAUGCCAAAGCUUCUGCGGCCGCGGAUGAGAGUACGCCAGCUACCGAAGAUGAGAUGCCUACUGAUUGGAUCGAAGCAGUGGACGAAUCUAGUGGAAAGACUUACUACUACAACACUGCGACUCAAGAAACAUCUUGGGAAAAGCCAUCUAGUUCUGUUUUAGAGGAUGAAUCUGAAGCUGUUGAGCAGGAGGAAAAGGCAGCGGAAGUCACUGAUGAACAUGACGAUCUGAAUGCUGAAGUAGACGCUGAAGAAGCGGACGAACAACAGCUUCUAGGUGAUUGGGUCGAAGCUGUUGAUGAACAGAAUGGCCAAACUUACUACUAUAAUCCAGUGACACAAGAAACGUCCUGGGAGAAGCCCAUUGUUGAUUCGGCUGAAAAAGCAGAGGCACAAGAAGAAAUCCCAGUUGAAAGUAGUGAAGCAGAAGAAGUUCCCGAAGAAACGGAUGCUGGUGAUGCUGCAGGCGAUUGGACGGAAGCAGUAGACGAAUCUACUGGCCAAACGUACUAUUACAAUGCCCGCACUGAAGAGACUACUUGGGAAAAGCCACUAGUACUUCAAGAAGAAGACGAGGGUCAUGAGGAGCACAUUGGUGACGACACUGAUGGCGAUGCCGAACCGAGUGCUGAAGCCGAAGAUCAGAAUCUGGCCGACGAAUGGAUUGAAGCUGUUGACGAAUCGACUGGCCAGACAUACUACUACAACACGGUGACCCAAGAGACAUCUUGGGAAAAGCCGUCUUCUUUGAUCACCAGUAACGAGAGUGAAGAAGUCGCAGAUGGCGAUGGCGAAAGCGAAAACUCUUUCGACGGCCAGGAAAGUGACAAUAUGAAAGGAGCCGGGGAACGAAGUCAUCCAACCAAUGAUGUGUCGGAGAGCACAGAUAUUUCUGCACAUGACCCUGACGAUGAUGCACCGACCACAGUUCUUCCUGAGUGUUGGACUUCAGCGAUUGACGAAAGGACAGGAAAGACAUACUACUUCAACUCGUUGACCCAGGAGACGUCUUGGGAAUUUCCGCGGGGCAGUUCGGAUGGUGAAGCUAGUGUGGGGUCAAGUGAAGAGCAAGACGUGACUGAUUCAGUUCCUGCUGAGACACCUGUGGAAAAGGAGGACGAAGACCUUCCAGAAAACUGGUCAAAGGAGAUCGAUGAGACAACAUUGAAGAUUUACUACUACAACAAUGUCACGCACGAAUCAUCAUGGAAAAAGCCUGGUGUUGAAACAGAUGCCGAUGUUCAAGACAGCGAACAUACAGAAACGGAACAUUCGGAACACGAUCCCGAUUUACAAGCGAGUGACGAUAUGUGCAAGAAAGAAGGAGAAGACCAACGAAAUGAAGAUGGCGAGACUCCUCAAGUUGACUGGAUUGAAGCCGUUGACGAGGCUAGCGGACAGACCUACUUCUACAACACAGUCACUGGAGAAACUUCUUGGGAAAAGCCGGUUGAACUGAUGCAAUCUGACGACGAGGGUGACAAAGACGAAGCGGACGAUGGAGCCGAUAACGAUAUCGACGACGCUGCUCCGACCAAUACCGAAGACGACAACGAGCAGGACGAAGGACCUGGGCUUCCCGUCAACUGGACCGAGGCGGUCGACGAAUCGAAUGGGCAGACUUACUACUACAAUACAGAGACGCAAGAAACUUCUUGGGAAAAGCCUGUUUUCACACCAUCGGAAACUUUAAAUGACAUCGCCGACGAGAAUGAAUUGCCUGCUGAGGAGUUUGAAGGCGAAGUUCAAGAUGCGAGCCCUUCCCCUACAGUUGAUGAACCCGACAUGCGCCAUGGAGAGAGCGGGUUUCCAUCCGACUGGACUGAAGUCGUUGAUGAGGCUAGUGGCCAGUUUUACUAUUAUAAUUCAGUUACGCAAGAAACAUCCUGGACGAAGCCUUCUGUGGCAUUGGACGACGCUGCACCCGAAGCUGCGAUAGACGAAAUGUUACCUUUGACAGAUAGUGCCGCUGAAGAAUCCAGCAUCCAUUUUGAAGAGCCCGAAUCAGAAAAGGUAGUUGAUGCGGACAAUAAGGAGCUUCCCGAGGAUUGGAUUGAAGCCGUCGAUGAGGGCAACGGGAAAACUUAUUAUUACAACACUGUCACUCAAGAAACUUCCUGGGAAAGUCCUAACGCUGCUUUGGAAGAAGAGAUUGCAGCAACGCCCGAGAGCAAUGAGAAUCUUCUAGAUGAGUCCGUUGCGGCACCGGAAGCGGCCGAAACGAAUGACCUGGUGGUGGCCAAAGCAACCGAAAACAUUCCAGGAGACGACCUUCCAAGUGACUGGAUCGAAGCUGCUGACGAGUCUAGUGGACAAACAUAUUACUACAACACUGUUACCCAGGAAACAUCUUGGGAGAAGCCUUCUAUCACCCUGAAGGAGGCUGUAUCUGAUGUUGCUGAUGAAACCCCAAAUGCUGCGAUUGAAAACGCUACCGACACAGAAGAUGCAGCCACUGACGGGUCUGAGGAUAAUAGAGCUAAAGAGGACGAAGCCGAAGAUCACGGAGAAGAGCUUUCGGGCGAUUGGAUUGAAACAGUUGACGAAGCCAGUGGGCAAACCUACUAUUUCAAUACUGUCACACAGGAGACAUCCUGGAAAAAGCCAUCCAAAACUGUCGAAGAAGACGAAGAUGUAGUAGACGAGAAGAAUAAGCACGUUGGAGGCGAUGGUGUCGUGGAGCAAGCAGAUGCCGUAGAAGGGAAAAUGGAGUCCGACAACGAUGACCUUCCAAGUGACUGGAUUGAAUCCAUGGAUGAAUCAAGCGGACGACCUUACUACUAUAACACUGUCACCCAAGAGACUUCGUGGGAUAGGCCGUCUUCAAACACUGCUAUGGAGGAUGCAGCUGAGGUUGCUGACGAAAUUCAAGAUACACUGGUUGAGAAUCCUGCUGAUGCCGACGUUGGUGAGCCUCUGACUACUGAAACCGCAGUUUCGGAAGGCAUAGUGCAAGAAGAAGAUCCCCAACGUGAGUGGAUCGAAACCGUCGACGAGUCCACGGGGCAAGUGUACUACUUCAACACUGUAACGCAAGAAACUUCCUGGGAAAAGCCUUCCUCUUUGCAGCCAGCAGAUAAGGGGCACGAGGAAGACAGCAGUGGAAUUGCUGACGAGACACUAUUUUCUGAAAAGAGGAUGGAAGAUGACGCCAUUGAUGUGGACAAAACAGAUGCCGCGAUGGGGAAUAGUCUUGAUGUGUCGCAAGAAUCCCUGCCUAGUGGUUGGGUCGAAGUCGUUGAUGAAGAUUCUGGAAAUGUGUAUUUUUACAACUCAGAGACCAAUGAAACUUCAUGGGAGAAACCUUCGACGGAACCUUCUGAGCCAAUAGCUGAGAGUCUGCCCAAUGUGUUGGCUGAUGAAGAAGACAUCGUAGGAGAGGCAUCCAAUCAAGAGUGGGAAAUAGUUGAUGAGCCAAAGGAUGAUAUUGUGAUAAUGGAUGAUACCAAGGAUACAGAUGUUGAUCUUGCAACACACAUUGCCAAUCUAUGCGACGAGCGUGGAGGUGUUGGUAUUAUUGGACCUUUGAGCUUAUCUGAGGACGAUGCAGUUCUUUCAUAUAUCAAAUUGAAGUAUGAGAAUACACGAAAUCCACUGUGGGGUUUGAUUGACAUCGCAGCACGGUCAAGAGGAAGGCUUCGAAGCGAAGAUGGCGUUGCUGAUAGAAACAGUCCAGAAUCUUCGAUUGUUGAACUACUGCUUAGAGAGUCAAAUGGGAAAUCCCCUGCUGCCCCAUCGUCGAAACAGCAACAAAGUCCGUCUCCAGCGGAAGAAGAUGACGAUCUCAGAAUGGAACGAGUUCAGAGUCUGUUGCUCCGAGGAAACCGAGUGGAAGCAGUGAAGGAAGCAGUCGAGUGCCAAGACUUUGCUACCGCACUGUUGGUUGCAAGUAUGUGUGACCCCGAGACCUACAAAUUUGCUGCCAAAGCAUAUGCAGAAAAUGUCUUCGUCGGAGGUUCUCCAAUGUAUACACUUGGGAUGCUUUUCUCAGGUUCGAUUCAAGUGCCUUCAGAAUCGUCCUCAAACAGUUUCUGGGGGAUCGGUGCUAACGAGUUGAACUCAACUUGGAAAAAGCACCUUGCCGCAGUUAUUAGCAAUCGCACUGCUGGUUGGGACCGUGUUGUCCUUUCUCUGGGUGACAGAUUAAGAGAGAUUGGUGCAAUUGAAGGAGCGCAUUUCUGUUACAUGGUCUGUGGCUGCCCUUUCACUGACCCACUGGACCCAACUACGCGAGUAUCGCUUCUGGGUUGCGAUCAUGUCGAUAAGUCGGUCGUUUGCCUGGCAACAAAUGCUGCAAUCGAUUCAUUCUAUCAAACCGAAGCGUACGAGUGGGCAAAGCGUAGAGGAAACAAAAAUGCUACAAUCAAGACUUUCCAACCGUUCAAGGUGAUUUUCGCGACAUCCUUGGUCGAUUUUGGCUUUGAAGAUUCUGCUAGCCUAUUUACUCUGGGAAUUCGUCACUGUUCUGAUAUCCCUUCAGCUGAGCCAAUCGACCUCGCAGGAGAGCAAUGGGGGCAGGUUUUUGAAGAUACCAAUGCCUUAGCUGGUGCUUUUUGUGCUCUUGAGAUGCGCCUGGAUUUGGUUCCUGACCAAGACGAACCUGAAUACGACCACGUCGAGGAUGAGGUACCGCCUGCAUUUGAGGGUGAAAGGCCUGCUGCAAUGAAUCCAGAUGAUUCUUACGCGGAAGAAAAUCGGGAUGCAGUCAAUUCAACCUUGAACUUGACGGAUAACGACGCCACUUUUGUUACUGCGGCUUCCAAUCUUAUGGAAAAGCCCGGAUUCUCCAUGACUCCUCAAAGGGAGACACCACAAGCACCAACAGCCGAAGCCAUGGUGCUGCAAGAACCAGAUGGCAUGGUACCACCUCAGGUCGAACGGUUGUCGACCGUUGCUCCACCCGUGGCGCCAUUGAAAGAGGAUGUAUCUAGAAAGCGCACCCAAGCAAUGCCGCCACAAAUGCCACCUACACCGACAGCGCGAAACAAUGCGAGCAAUAACGAGGACGUGUCCACCCCAAUGCCUGCAGAUCCUACUACCGCUGCUGCAAUGCCAGCCAUGACGCCACAAGAAACCAUGAAACAACCUGAGAAAGCGCCGAGCACUGCCCCAUCAGUUAUGAUGGGCAAGAAGAGCGACGCCAAGGUUAACAAGAAGAGUGCACCAUCAUCUACCGAGAAGCCCCGCAGUGGAGGACUGUUGAGUGGCUUUCGAAGCAUGAUGAUCAAGCGCUUCAAUAAAGAUGCAGUGGAAUGCAGCUUGCCUGACAAUGAAGAAAAGGCUUAUUAUGACGAGAAGUUGAAAAGAUGGGUCUUCCCCGGUGAUGAUUUGGACGAGUUGGCCAAGCCCAUGGCCCCACCACCUCUCAUGCCAAGUGGAGGAGACUCCAAGCCAGCUAUAGAGCCUGAACCAAAGCCCGAUAGUAAUGAUCCGUUGGCGGCCAUGAUGGCACCACCGUCCCGGCGACCUGCCGCAUUGCGUCGCCCAGGUGCAACUCCUUCUAUGCCACCAGGUGGCGGUGGAAUGCCUCCGAUGCCGGGAAUGCCACCUAUGAUGAUGCCGGGAAUGCCUUCUCCUGCAGCUGGAGGAGGAGCUGCUGCCCCACCUCAAUUUGCUGUUUUUACGCCAUCCAAGAAAGAAAAGGAACAAACGAAGGAGGAAGAAUAA